GACGAGUUGUCCACGUUGUCACAUCAAUUGGGUAUUAGUGCGGGACGAGUAGGGGACCUCGCAAAUCGCUGGCAACUGAGAGGGCUCUCAGGUAAAUUCGUAGGUACGUAAGGAGUGCGUGUCUUGAUAAUGCGGCGGAGAGCUCUUCGUCUCCUUCCUUUCGCUUGGUCGCUGGUGAUCGCGUAACCACCGCACCCUCUCUCUCCUUCGAUCGCCUCCCAGAAUAAUUAGGAAGGAGGAGCGAGCAAGAGACCGCCAUGGUGGAGACCGGCAACUUCCCGCCCCCUAAACCCGCCGCCCCCGCGCCCGCGCCCUCACCCGCGAACCCUAGUUCCAAAUCACCCAGCCGAGAGGAUGGCGAACUCUCCUCCGGCGAAGACGCGGAAUUGACUACUUCAACUGCUGUGUUUGCAAAUAAAGCACUAUCUGAGCCAAUUCUUGUCUCUACGAGAAACGGGCUUGUUAGAAAUCUUCAGACAGGUAAUAGUUCAAGUAUAGCCAAUACAAAGUUCCAUACUUCAACCAAAAGAUAUUAUGAUAAGACAUUUAGGACAAAGCAGGUGCCAUUCAAAUUGAACAAGAACCGUGCACUCUCUUGGCACAAGAAAAUAUCUGAUGAUAACCUUGUGAUAAGCUUUUCGGAUGAUGACAGUGGAACUGACUCUGAAAAUUCGAAACCUGAAGCAACAACAGAAAAGAAAGAUAAUGCAGUUAGAUCAGUUAAGUGUAAGAUGCCACUUACAUUAUCACGGAGACAGCAUGAAAUACUGCAUCAGUCAACACAAUUUGGAACAAGACUGAAGUCAAACAAAGGAGUUGCAGGCCGUGUCCCCUUUUCAUCGACUGGAAAAAACAAUGGAUCCAACUUUGGGCCUCCAAGGACCUCUUCAUCUGAGAAGGUUGAGCACAUUCAGAAGCAAAUUACUGCUUUGAAAUCUUCAAUAAGCCAGGUACAUGGUCAAAUUCGAGAUACCGUCUUAGCUGAUAGUGCUGUAGAAAGUUUGCGCCAUCAAAUUGCUUUAAGAGAAAAUGAACUUAAUGUUCAAAUGAAGUCACUUGCUCAAACCAAAGACAGAGUUACUGGUUCUUAUAAUGAUCACCUUGAACAGCUGAACCAGAAGUUAGACAACCAGGUUGCUGAUAUUGAUGGAACUGCAGCUGCUAAUGCAAAAGGACUAGCCCUUAACAUUCGACCAACCAAACGCUUGAAGCUUGAUGAACACUUGGAAAGAAUUCAAGGCUCUGAUGGUCUACUACUAAUGCAAGAACAUUCUACCAAAUCUAUGGCAGAAUCCCAUCAGCAACUCAUGGGAGAAAGUAGUUAUCUUGAAGUGAACAGUGUACUUGGGUAUGAUGGAAGUGGAAAAGGGAAAAGGUUGUCCAUAAUAAAUCAAGAAAUCAACAAGAGUCAUCGUGAUGUCAAUGAAAAUGUCCUGGGAUCAUCUAAAGUUAAGCACGCUGGACUGGAAGAUAAUGAGAUGCUGUUGCCUACUUUUGUUACUGACUCUACUUUGUAUGCUGACCCCGAGAUGAACUCCAAGCAAGAAGUUAACAGCAAGAUCACUGGUGAUGCAUCCUGCAGCUAUCUUAAGUCUGACAAAGGGCCUGAACUGUUGGCCUCUGCAUUGUUAGAUCAAAGCUUAUAUUUGGCUCAAACGGGACCUGCUCUUGAGGGUGGCAUCUCAGAGUGGGGGACCAUGAAUUUGGAAUCUUUAUUAGAGAUGGAGGAGCUGCAAGACAAGGAGUUGGAAGAGGCACAAGAGCUCAGACGGCAGUGUGAGCUUGAAGAAAGGCAUGCGCUUAAAGCUUAUCGGAAGGCACAAAGAGCUUUGAUUAAAGCUAAUGAGAGAUGUGUCAUUCUACAUAGGAACAGAGAAAUUAUAACUGCUAAGCUUCAAACAUUAAUGCUGGAGUCAUCCAACUCUAUAUGGCCUUCCAAUAAGCAAGGUCAUGGGGAAAUUAUGCUGUUUUCCAGAUUGGGAUAUAGUAUACCAACUAAAGGUCAGACAUCAGAGCAUUUAGGUGACAAAUUAAAUCAUAAUUUCUCAGAUGGAGCUCCUCUUGAUGCAUCUUAUAAACAGAUAGACAGACAUGGCUCUUGUGCUAACCAGUUUUCCGAACCUGAUGAUAGUACUUCAGAACAGAGAGACAAAAGUGCUGCUAAUGGUCUUGGUAGUCCAUUUCAAAAUCUGUCUACAGAUGAUGAUGAAGAAAAUCUAGCUUUGGAUAACAGAUAUGUUGAGUCAAAUUUGGCAUGCCUUAUAGAUGUUGGAAAUCAUGUAGAAGAAACUUCUGUUGUUGAUGUCAAUAAAGAUGGAGAUUCUCAGGACUAUGACCUUGAAGCUGCCUUGAGGUCCAAAUUGGUCGCACGGUUUGGUAUGAGAACAUCAUGUAAGAGUGCUGACAUUAGCAAUAUUGAAUGCCAAGUUGAUCGAGCAAUUAACAGCAAAGUUGAGAAAUCUUGUACUUCUUUUGACCAACAACUACAGGAGCAGAAGAAAACUUGUGUGUCUAAUCCUGAAGGCAUUUCUGAGGUUGGAGGAAGCAUGAACUUGAGCUCUGUUGAGCAUUGUGGCCAGUCUCAACAAUGUAUGUUUUCCUUGAAGAGUGAAGCUCAUAGGAAUGACGAUCCUGCAGAAAGUAGUAGCUUUUUAAAUGAAACAUGCUUGUCAAUUUCCAAACCUAUUUUGUCAGUACCUUCUUCAAUUCUGCAUAAUGUGUUGCCACUUUUGAAGUUAAAAAUCCCUGCUUGUCAUAGUGAGGUCUCAAUCACCAAAGAAAAAGGUUCCCUAAUGGACGAGUCCCAUGAAGUUACAGCUUGUUUGCCAGAUGCUAUUGAUGAUUACACACAAAGGAGUGCCAGAAAUCCAGUAAUAUGUGAAAUGAGUUACAGCUUGUGUGAUCCUUCAAUUGAUCCUUUUUGGCCCUUUUGUUUGUUUGAGCUCCGGGGGAAAUGCAAUAAUGAUGAGUGCCCAUGGCAACAUGUCAAACAAUGCACGAAGAGAAAACUAAAGCAAGAUGGAUUUUUAGUUACCUAUAACACAGAUGUUCAUUGUCAUGCUUUGACUGCUGAAAUUUCUCAUAGUGCCUUAGAAUCUGUUCAUGAUCUCUACAAACACUUUGUGCCUAUACCUGCUUAUUAUAUUGGUUCAACUCUUAUAAAAGUGGACUCACAUUUAUAUCACUCGGUGCUGGCUCGUAGCAUCUGGCAGUAUUGGCAAAGGGGGUUUUCUGCAUCCUUUCCUUUACCUUUUUCUAUACAAAGAAUUCUUCCUCAAGAUGCACCAUUCUUACAAACUAGUGAUGAUACCGUUGCAGAUUAUGAUAGUUGGAGUAGGCAUUCUUGGUAUCUUCAAUGCCAGGAUGGUAAGAUGAAGAAAUUCAUACAAGGGUUACCAGAUUCUGAGCAAUCCCUGGAGUUGGCACUUGAUCUGUUCUGUGGGAAGUUCUACAAACCAGAGAGGAAGAAGGCUCUUUCAGUAUUAUCACGAGCAAUUGAGGCUGAUCCCAAUUCUAUAUGUCUUUGGGUUGUUUAUUUGCAUAUUUUCUACAGAAAGGAGAAGAGCAUUGGGAAGGAUGACAUGUUUUUCCAUGCGGUGCAACACAAUGGUUGUUCUCAUGAGCUUUGGCUGAUGUACAUUAACAGUAGGGUGAAAGUUAAUGAUCGGUUGGAUGCAUAUAACGAUGCUUUGAGCAUGCUUUGCCAAAAGAAAUUGAUAUGUGACAAGGAACUGAAAUACAGAAGCGCCUGUGUCUUGGACAUUUUCUUGCAGAUGGUUGAUUGUUUUUGUAUGUGUGGUAGUGUAGAGAAGGUUGUUAGGAGAAUUUAUCAACUUUCAUCUGCAUCUGAUUCUGAGCAGUCUGGUGACACAGUGCUUGCAGAAAUUCUUUCGUGUUUGACAUUUCCUGAUCAAUGCAUAUUUUGGAUUUGUUGUAUAUAUUUAGUAAUGUAUAAGAAACUUCCACAAGAAAUUAUACAGCAUUUUGAGGUGGAGAAAGAUCUUCCCUUCAGUAUUGACUGGCCUUUCGUGCAGCUAACAACUGAUGAAACAGACCGGGUAGGAGAACUUAUGAAAUUUGCUCUACAAAGAGUUGCUCUUGAUGUUGAUGAAAACCAUCAGAAAAGAGACACAACUGCUCUCAGAUCUUUGCACUUCUUAGCAGUUAGUCAUGUUAGGUUUGUAACAGCACUUAAUGGUUUUCAUCGAUCAGCUGAAUUAUUAGUCAAAUACAUGGAGUUGUACCCAACCUGCGUCGAACUUGUUCUUUUAUCAGUACGGUUACAAGAAAAUGGUAAGACUGAUGUAUUUUGGAGAGGGUUUGAGGACAUACUAUGUAAUUGGCCUAAAGAAGUUCCAGGUUUUCAGUGUCUUUGGAAUCAGUAUAUAGAACAUGAAUUAGUAAAAGGAACUGAUUGUGCAGAAAAGUUAAUUGACCAGUGGUUUCAGCAAUUUGGCGAACUCAUUGAUCCUCAGUGUAGAAAUUUAGAGGGUAAGGAUGCUGAUUUUUGUAGGUCAUCCGAACAGCCAUUACUUGUAGAGUCUGCAGGUAGCGAUCAUACUAACUCAGAUGAUAAAAUGUUUGGGCUGAUAAAUCUCUCUCUUCACAGGAUGUUUAAGAAUGAUGUUAGAGGAGCUUGUAAUGCAGUUGAUGAAGCCCUAAAGUUGGCUUCUCCCAAAUAUUAUCGACACUGUUUAAGGGAACAUGCAGCGCUAUUUCUGUUGAAAGGGUUGAAAUCUCCCCAUAACAUUCAUGGUCAAGUUAUAUUAGAUCUUUUAAACAUUUAUUUUGGUGAUACACGUAUUUUACCUAGAUUGGAACUGUUGUCCAGACGGUAUUAUCAAAGCAUUAAGAAGUCCAGGAUAAGGCAGCUGAUUGAUGAGAUCAUUGGAUCAGUUCCUGCAGAUUUUUCUCUACUAAAUUAUGUGCUUGAAGCAUGUUAUGGCCCAACAUUUCUUCCGGAAAAGAUUGAUCCCAAGGAUCUUGUUGAUUUUGUUGAAUCAUUAAUGGAAUUUACACCAGCAAACUACCGGUUAGCCUUGUCGGUAUACAAAUUCAUUGCUAGAAACUACAGUGACUCUGGUGUUGCCUCUGAUGGCAUUGUGUUCUGGGGAAGCUGCCUUUUAGUUAAUUCAAUCUUUCAGUCGGCCCCUGUGGCACCAGAAAGUGUAUGGCUGGAAGCAGCUGCUCUUUUGAGAAAUUCAGAAGUACAGGGAAUUGCUGAAAGGUUCUAUCAGCAGGCUUUGUCAGUCUAUCCUUUCUCUGUUAAGCUCUGGAAAUCCUACCUGGAUCUCUCCAAAAUGACGGAAAAUGAAGAUGUUGUUACAGAAGCUGCAAGAGAAAGAGGUCUUGAACUCAACACUACUCCAGAUUAGUUUUACCAUCUGAGUUUUGUUGCACUAACCUGGCAGUUUUUGGUAUUUGCACUUGAAUUCAUUGGCGUGGGCUCACUUGACCGCUUUUUGGUUCAGACUUAAUUGGAUUCUUUUUUUUUUUCCCGUUUUAUUGUAUAAGCAACAAGCUCCAUAGAUUACCCAGACCAUACUCAUCUCGUAGAGGAAGUUCAAAUUAUUAAUAUGAAGGAAGUCAAUCAAAUCGCUUCCAUGAAAGAGGGGAACUAGGACGACAAAGUUUUUUUUUUUUUUUUUUUCUUUUUGUUUUAAAGUUCACUUAGAUAUCCUGAAGAAGGAAAAGUAUGUUUUUGAUAAUCUGACUCUUGCCAUAUAUGUAAUAAGAAAUAGUGUAAGCUAACUGUGAGAGAGUUGUCACCAAAGUCUUUUGAUAGUCUUGCAGUGUAUUCCCUGGGGCACAUAUGUUUUGGUUUUAAGGAAAUUUUUGUGCAUGUACAGCGUUUACUGCUAAGGCAUGUAUUCCCUGGUGUUGUUUUAAGUUGGAAACACCCGUUGGGAAUUCUACUGUCUUAUUUUGGCCA